AUGGAUCCUGGAGGAUCCCGGGACAAGAUCGAGAAAACCGAAAUGGACACCACAACUAAAGCUGAAGUUUCAACAACGACAAUGGACGAAUCAGUUGAUGAAAAGCAGUUAAUGGAUGCGCAACGUAUUCUACACAAAACUCGAAACUUCCAGUUGACUUUGGUUGAUCAACUGCAUUGGAUGGAAAAUGAAAUGAACGAACGAUUUUCUGAAUUCAGAAAUGAUCUAGAUUUUCAACAUCGAUUAACUAAAUCCAUCACGAAAAAACCUCUAAAAUCAAAUCGUCGUCUGAUAGAAGAUCGAGUCUUUCUUCCGUGCAAUUCACUGCUAACAGAUUUAUUUGAAGUAUCUCAUAUUCGAAGCAUAAGAAAUAUAUUUAUUGCUAUAUUAAUUCUGUUUGUCUUUCAAGUUAUUAUCGACGAUCUCAUCGAAACUGGAAGAAUGAAUUUGAAUUUUGAACUUAUAUUCUGGUGUUUUGGUAAACUUCAUAUUGCUUUAUUCACAUGGCUUGUUAUGCAAUUGUCCACAGCUGUUAUUGUCUAUCUUUGUUUUUACGCUUGGGCAACAAACAGAGUGAAAUAUAUAAAACAAUCCAAUAAGCUUAGAUUGUAUGAUCUUAGCUGGCUUUGUAUUUAUGUGGCUUAUAUAAUUGCUUUUCUUGUUUUUCCCUGUCGUGAAGUAGUUUUAAACGAAUUGCCAGUUGCUUCUUCUUUAGUCGUUCUUCUUGAGCAAUUACGUCAGUUAAUGAAAGCCCAUGCGUUUGUUCGUGAGAAUGUUGCAAAAAUUCUUUCUCAAUGUAAUUUCUGUGUUCAUCCAUCUAACACUAAUGAGUCCGAUUCAACUGAUACACGUUUAGCAUGUAAUAUUACCUGUCCAGAUUUUUCACACUAUCUAUAUUUUCUAUUUGCUCCGACACUUAUUUAUCGUGAUUCGUAUCCGCGUAAUUCAGUUAUACGUUGGGAUUAUGUUUUAAAUAAUUUUGGUCAAGUAUUGGCCGCAAUAGUCUAUGUGUAUUAUGUUGUUGUUCGAUUUUGUGUACCAACAUUUUCCAAUUUGAAUACGUCAGAAAUAACAGUGUCAUUAUUUGCAUCAUGCUUGACUGGUGGAAUUCAACCUCAUUUGGUUCCUACUAUAGAACGUGGAACGUUGUUGUACAUGACUGGCUAUUUACAUAUGUUUAUAGAGAAAUUUACAUUGUAUUUACUUGGUUAUCGACGAAAGUCGUUGGCUGCAUUUUGUGUUGUAUUUUUAAGUGCAAUAUUUCAUGAAUAUGUAAUGAUAUUUGCACUUGGAUUCUUUUAUCCUGUUAUGUUUAUACUCUUUGGUGUUUGCGGAAUUGCAUUAUUGUUUCUCAUGAGCAACAAGAACAAAGGUAAUUUAUGGAACAUUAUGAUGUGGGUAUUUUUGUUAGUUGGUAUUGGAUUUCAAAGUUGUCUCUAUUUUAUGGAAUGGUAUGCACGACGAAAUUGUCCACAUAAUCGCGUUAGUAAUUUUGCAUACCGUUAUAAGGCGUUACCAAAUUCCUAUCGUAUUAUAAUGCAAUAA